CUUCAACCUAUUUAUAUACUUUAUUCAGUCUAUGACUGGCAUGUGCUGUCCGAUACGCAUUGGGUGUCGUGUGUGUAGUGGUGUACAUGCAGUCUAGUAGUCAGAAGCACUCCCGUCCAGUGCUUUCGUGUGUGUCCAUUGACAGUUGUGCGUCAGACUGAUCAGCUCCGUAAACUUACGUGUGCAUGACGCCAACUGCAACAUGUUCUUCAAUCGCAAAGUUGAGCUGGUGGACACCUCUGGCCUACACGGUCUAUCGUUGGGGUUUGAUUUAGACCCCAAUUCACUCUAUACAUAUCUUGAGAACAUAUCCAAAGGAGAGACAAAUGGUUUACCACCCCCUGCAACUUGUGAGUUGAUUAAGUCUUUGCUCGAUGUCAAGCAGCAGCCCGCGCGGCGUCGGCCAAGGAGGCCACGAGUUAUGCAGAACUAUAACCGUAACACCGAUAAAAUAGGAACCAUGACCAAAGAGGCGAUGGCUGAUCUUCUGGAGACGACGUCUACUCUGUUGAGGAUGCGUGUGAGUCGUCGCAAGGGCUUAGCGCUGGUGGUGAUUGCUGAGUUGGGCGUGAAUCUGGCGUAUCUGGAAGAUCACUUGCCGUGGCCCAUAUUACGAGCGCUGCUAUGGCCUUUGCAGGGGACAGAACCACCCCCGGGGGCCACGACCAAGGUGUUCUGCCGAGAAUGGAAAGAGACAGAUCUUGAAGUAGGUGCACUGUACUACCACAGAUGGGUCCUGCGCGCCCUGGAACGGGGGACUGUAUCGCCCAUACUUCUGAUGCCCCGCACCCCCAACAUCAACACCAGCGCCUCCACAGGUGCACACGAACAAGACACGCCAGAGACACUCUCGCUCACACGAGUACUGGGACUGGAUAUGCCAGAGAUGCCGACCCCACCAGCUACCCCACGCCACACCCACGCACCGGACGACCUGGGCUUAGGCGGUGGCUUAGGCGUAGAGGGGAUUGUGGGCGUUGGGGGCAUUACGCCCAUAGGCAGCCCCGAUACGAGUGACGCGGAGAGCGACAGUGGAGGGCAUGACAGCGACACAGACGAGGUGUGGGUGGGCACAGGCGGCCGAGUGUUUGAGGACGCCGAGGACGACGAGACCGAGGCCGCGGCUUUGGCCAGAGAUCCGUUGUUAGCAGGUGCGCAUGGGUUGGACUUGGGCAUUGCACACCACACACCGGACAUCAGCACUCUCGAGGACACCUCAGCUGACACCGCAGAUACGUCGGUGCGCAGAGUGUCUGACUUUGUGGAGAAGUACAUCGGAAUGGCCCCCGAGGCUGUCAAAGAGGAUGGGACGGAUGGGCCAGCUGAGACAAUUAAAGAGGAGGGGCGCUCGGAUGUGCUGGUGCCCCUCUGGCCGGGGUCGUCGCGCAAGGUGUCGGUGAAGGUGAUGUGCGUGCAGCUGCUGUAUGAGUUGGGGAGAUUCCACUCAUUCCGCAAUAACUAUCAGAACGCGUACGAGUGCUUCUCUCGUGUGCUGGACGUGUGGAGGGACGUGUGUGAGUUGCCAGAGGAGGCUGAUGAGCAUCACCGUAUAAUUGCAUUCAGCCUGGAGGAUGCCACCAACUGGAUGCUUGCGGUGAUGCACAUGUUGCAGGGCGACGACGCGCCGCUCACUGUAGACUGUGCCGCUGCGCUGGCGAACUCGAAACAGGGGCCAAGUGAUGCGGAUCUUGGGCCUAUUGGAGGGGGUCUCGGGCUUCAAGGAAAAACGGCCCUGCAGAUAUAUGCACAACAGUACAUGGACGUGGAGAAGACCUUUAUAGGCGACAAUUUGACCGAUGAGCUGUCAGAUGCCUUCCGCUACAGUGUGCAGUGCGAGAGCGAUUACUGGGCUGAGAUAGGCCUCCCCCGUGACAGCAGCAGCGCCAACGAUCCCAAGAAGGAUGACAGGAAAACCAAGAGUGAUGAUAACAACACCAACAACAACAACACCAACAACAACACCAACGACAACAGUAGUGAAAACAAAGUACAUACACAGGACAACACUGAGCAGACAACGCACAGCACUGCCGACAGCGGCCACAAGAGCCACGUACUGAUCAGCUGGGGCUGGCGCAUGCGCAUUCUCAACGCUAUCAAGGGAAGCAUCUACAACCGCACUUCUGACCCCGCGAUCUUCCACAACAUGAACGAGACCCAAUGCAAAGCCGCCAUGGCCUACUUCCUCACAACUUGUGAUCAGCUGAGAGCGAGGUACCGCACUUUAAACCACACCCGGGCCAAUGGGCUGCCCAGGAGUUGGAGUGUGUGCCGUCAACGCCUGUGCAGGUUAGCGCAGAUGGCGCACUUCUGCACAAAGGACUUGCGCACGUGGAUGGAUGGAGCAGAUGCGAUGGCCGACGACGACGUGAUUGACUUUACCAUAUUAGGGGCGACAAACCACAAUGCACAUACCAACCCCGGACCAGGUGAUAGUAGACAAAUAACCAGGAGUGCAUGCGAGAGCGAUAACAUGGACAUAGACAAUAUCUCGGAUACAACGGACCGGCCUAUGGAUGAGUCAAAUGUGAUGGGCCACGGGAGAAAUGCCGUACGAAGAGAACCGGAGACACAGACACAAGCACACGAGAGUUCACACAGCCAUAAGAUGCCCGAGACAGAUGCAGUGACAUCUGUUUUCUGCACUGACUCGUGGGAUGACUUUGUUAAAAGUUCCGAACUCUCGCGCGCACUCAAUCUGGCGAUGGGCGAUGGCGAUGAGUCAUGGAUCACUGGGGAACUGCCGCAGAAGAUGCUAGCUAAGGAUGCCUUUGCGCGGGAGGGAAUGGGGCGGCUGAGUCAUUCGGAGGUGUUACUUCUGGGAUUGCCCUCUAAGCUGUUGUGGCACAACGACGCACAGGCGUACACAUACACAGGGGUUGACUACAGUCUGUUGGAUCCAGUGGAUAGUACGGGCCAGUUAGUGCGCACUGCGAGACUGCAAGUGGGGGGGGGGCCUUGGGGUGGCGGAGGGGGUGGCUUAGGCGGUUCUGGAGCAUGUACCACGACACAGCAACUGGAAAGAGAUGUGUACGCCGUUGCGAAGAAGUUAGAGUGUAUGAUCAAACAAGUGAUGAUUAAUGAACAGGGCGCUUCAAUCGAUCGCGUGGCCGUUACGUUUGAGCUAUGUGACGUCCAUCUUGUGCGAGAGGGUAUGAUCAGGGCGUGCGUGGUGUGGCGGAAGCGUUGCCAUGACAACGCCGAGAAGUUUCUGCGCGGGGUGUGUGCUACGCUGGAGGAUCUGGAGGGCCACAUGAGAGAUCGCUUGCAAUUGCGAACGAUGAAUGAACUCGUGGUACCGGCUCUCAAGGCCAUCCACGACUGCUCACAGCGCGUGUCGUGGCACAUCGCAACAGUGCUGGCGGACAAAGUUAACAAAGAAGCGCAGGAGAUGUUUAAGGUGGGAUACGAACUCAGCGACCAAUCAGAAUGCGCCGACGCCCUCAUCAAAGAGCUCGAGGUGUGUACAGCCGACCUAGCCGAUAAGAAGGCGCCAGCUUAUCUGACCCAACCACAGCUGCUGAGUGUGCUGUGUGCUCUGGCAAAUGUGGGGCUGUCUCCUGGGUGUGGCUUGUGGGAGUCUGUCAUGGCGUUUGCGAACACCUCAUCGCCUGAGGACAAGGGCGUCAAACGACGGCACCCAGACGGACAUCCAUUAGCACCACGUGAUUCGUCUGGGCUGUCCCGCCAGCACUCAUCAGCCAAUGAUAGUGUAGAGAAUACACACCGGAGCACCGCCCAAUCUAUUUAUAGCCAGGCGCCACACAGUGCAAACAACUAUCUGAAGUUCAUCUGCAAUCUGGCAGGCAGAGUCAGUGGCGACAGCGACGACGAGAUGGACGACGACGAUGACACACGCGCUAAGGACGUUCAAGAGUCCACUGAAGAGCAGAGGACUGAGAUGCGCGAUGAUUUCGAACUGUUUCUGCUACAGCUGGCUAUGGAUGUGGAGAACUCUCCCCAUAAACACGAGACCAAUGUAAAGCCCAUACCCACCCCAACAGCCCCCACUCACCUGCCGUUGCUGUCCCAAGUGAUGUCCCGUUUGUACCGUAAAGACUUGGUGCUGGGGUGCAUGGGUGGACUGGCCUUGGCCUUAGACCUGGUGUCGCCAGUGCAAAGGCCAGCGUCCAGCACCACAGAAGCGCACAAUCACAAAGACCCUCAGAACACUUCCAGCAGAGGCUCUAAACCCAACUCGGGCGCACCAACCGACCCCCCCAAAGCCUCCGACAAGGCCUCCAAAAGACCCCACUUCAAAUGUAUAAACACCCCCACCACCGGGCCACGCCAUGAUCUCAACAAAGUGCUCAAGGACGGGUGUGCCGUGGUAGCAGACAGUGCAGCACAGGCAGGCAGAGGCAUUCGCCUGACACACCUGCGGGCCACAGGCGCUGUGGCCACACAGGACCUCAAGAAAAACGCCACGUACUUCUUCCACACUCUGGGCACGAGAGAGCCUCCGAUCAAUAACGACCAUUGGGAUGCCAGUAUUACCAGCGCGUGUGUGGCUAUCUUCGAGCCACGUGCGUGCGUUGAGCUGAAACGUGGAGACCCCACCCUCACCCUGUGCCUGGCAGAUGUUCGGUACCACUGCGGGUUGUACCAGGAAACCCUGCGCCUGUUCCUGCAGUUGGGGGUGACGGUCACCGACUUCUUCGGCAGUGUCGGGCCGUUGCUGAACGUAUGGAAUCAACGGUCCCUCAGGAAAAUGGUACACUCCCUUGUCCACAUGAGAGCCUUCGUCGAGGCGUCUGUCUUGGCGCAGCUCAUCAGCGAGAAGGGCAACGUCACGCGACAGGCCAUUCUCCGCAUGGCAUACAACCCCCCCGCAAGCACACCCACACCCUACACAGACAUAGACACCCACACACAGAGAAGCACUGUGUCUACGGAGGGCUAUGCUAUGGGUGUGCCAGUGGUCCCCAUAGUCAACAACAGGUACUUCCACUACUUCUGGGAUCAGACCACUGUGGAGAUACUGCUGAGCAUGUGUGCGGAGAGGAAUGUCCCGGAUCACCAGCGCCUGGCGGCGCAGCUGUACAGCGACAGGGGGGCCAACUGGUGCAAUGUGGCGGAAGUGCAGAAGGCCUGGGCCUUAGACCGACAGAAGAAGUUCCUCAUCGAACUAGCGCAUGACUUCAUGCCGUGAAUGCGGGGCAACUGUUGCCGAGAACAGAAAUAAAGCCUUCUUCAUAUCACACG